AUGCUUACUGGCCUCAAGUCCAUUUCAGAUGUGGACUGGGGCAAGGGUGCGCAGCCUGGCACACAUCAGGCGUUCUGCAGCGCCACGUUUGUUGGGACGCCCGAAGCGCUGGACGGUUUCGUGAAGGCCGUCGGUAUCCCUCACGCCAACGUGGCGGCGCCGCUGGAGCCCGCUGAGGGCCAGGAGCUGUCGGCAGCUGCUGCUGCCGCUGCUGCCGACUACGAAUCCCGUCUCAAGCAGGCGGCGGCCGCGCUGGGCCUGCAGACGGCAGGCGGCUUUCCCAGGUUUGACCUGAUGCUGCUGGGAAUGGGCGCCGACGGCCACGUGGGCAGCCUGUACCCCCACAAGCCCACGCUGGAGGAGACCGAUGCAUGGGUGCUGCCCUUCCAGAAAAGCGCCGAGGCGGCGUCCAUCACGCUGUCGCUGCCGGUGAUGUCAGCGGGAAGGGACGUGGUGAUCUGCCUCACCGGCGAGAAGAAGGCGAGCGGGCAGGCGUGGCGGCGGGGCUUGAUGCUGGGGCCCUUUGCAUGGGCGCCUUGCAGGGCGCCUGCGGUCAAGCUGGCGAUCGAGGGCGCCGCGGCACCUGGGGAGCUGCCCGGCGCGAUGGUGGCGCCCGCAGCUGACGCGCAGCUGACGUGGCUGCUGGACUCUGCCGCCGCGGCGCAGCUGGGGAGCUGA